AUGGUCAAGAGAGCCGAGAGGAGUAAUGCCAUUGAUGUGCUUUGCUCUGGGGUAUUGGGCAAUGAGGUGCCGCUCGACCAGUGGAAUCAAUUCUUCACCGAUCCCGUCGAUCCAUUUACGCCCGAAGAGCGAAAAGAAUGGCUGGCCGAACAGAAGGAUGUCGUCAUGUCUUCUGACGCUUUUCUACCGUUUAGGGAUAAUGUCGAUUGCGCUAAACAGUUCGGAGUCCGCUACAUCGCACAUCCUGGCGGCUCGGUUCGCGAUGAGGACAUUAUUGAUGCUUGUAAUGAACAUGGCAUUGUUCUGAUCCAUACUGGCCUUCGUCUAUUCCAUCAC